AUGCACGCAGCCAUCGUCAACUCGUGGGGCGCCGCUCCAACUUACACCACAGUCGAAGACCUCCCCGAGCCCUCUGCAACGCAAAUCCGUCUCCGCGUCCUCGCUUCUGGCAUCCACCGUCUUGUGCUAGCCCGGGCCUCCGGAAAGCACUACACCUCCACAACCCUGCCCCACUCUCCCGGCGUUGACGGCGUCGGCGAGGACCCCACUACCGGCCAACGCUAUUACUUCUCCGCCUUCCAGUCCGGCUCUUUCGCCGAGUUCGUCAACAUCGAUCGCAAAUCCGUCGUUGCCCUCCCGGAGAAUGCCGACCCCAUCACUGCCGCUGCCUUCAUGAACCCGAUCAUGAGCAGCUGGAUGGCCCUUUCGGCACGUGCUGCACCACAAUCUCCGGGCUUCUCUGUCGCGAUUCUGGGUGCCACAAGCGCAAGUGGACGCGUUGCUGUAGAUGUCGUCAGGUCCAAGGGCGCAGGCCGUAUUGUGGGAAUCGCUCGCAAUGCUGCCGCAUUGGCGGAAAUCAACCUCGAUGAACGCAUUGUACUGAGCUCUGAGACGGACUGGUCGGCCCUUGGCGAGGUUGACGUUGUGCUGGACUACGUCUACGGCGAUGCUGCGGUAGCACUACUUCAGGCCCUGCCAAAGUCUCAGAAAGAGGUGCAGUACGUUCAAAUUGGCUCCGUUUCUGGCGACGGAGACCUUGCUCUUUCUGCGGCUAUCCUGCGUGGAAAGCGAGUAGCCCUUCGCGGUUCAGGGCCUGGAAGCUGGACGAUGGAAGAAUAUGCUCAGGAACUUGGGGGAAUGGUUGAAGUAGCGGCCAAGCUGGAGCGGAAGGGUGUUGUCACAGCAGCUUUCAAGGACAUUGACACAGCGUGGAGCCUGGCCGGCUCGGGUGGGAAGAGGGUUGUAUUUGUGAGCGAUGACCUUGCUCAAGAGGCCUAA